AUGCCAAUGCCCACUAUCCGCAAUCCGUUCGCGCGCAAGCAGCACAACGAUGAGAACCAGCGACCCCAGUUGGAGACAACGACGGCGCAACAACCACAGCAACCUGGCGGCUUCGACAAGGUAGACACUGUCGGUUCCAAGUCGUCGAGCAUUGCAGGUUUGAGCAUCAACAGUGGGAGGAGCAACGACACUGGCGAAUACAAGCUGAGUGGUAUGAUUUCAACCCAGUCCCAACCCAACGCCAUCGUCUGCCCUUUCUCUUUACAUGAUAUCUCUGCGAGGUCGCCCAUCACUAAGCAUGACGCCCCCGCAAGGCAGAGCCUUGACUCGUCGCGAUUCCCGCGCCCGCGUCUGUCCAUGAACGAGCGCCGCCCGGAACCGACGACGGUCGAGGAGCCGUUUGAGGACGUCGGUCUGGGCGAUGACCGCCAGCCCAAGGGCGUCCAGCAGAUGCAGCAGCAGCAGCUCCCGCAACCGCAAAAGAAGCGUGGUUUCUUUUCCAAAUUUGGCAGUUCGGAGCCGCAAACGGACGGCAUAUUACUCAAGGCUCAGGACUAG